AUGAAACAUCGGUAUAAUGUCUUGGCAACUAGGUAUGCUCUUCGUUUUGCUAGUCUACUACCUGAGGAUAAUCUUGCGGUGGUUCUGCGUGGUGCUCUGUCGUACACUCGACUGGAUCGGUACAUCUGUGAAAACAGUUUGUAUAGAUCUCUGCCUGACCCUGUCCCUUCAUUUGCUGGUCUCAAGGCUCACUUCUCUGACUUCUGGCAAGAUCAGGUGGAUCAACAACUGGCUGCUGCUGCUACUACUGGUAAACAUGUUCUGCUUCGUGCGUGCCGUCCUUCUUCUGUCUCUCGCCCUGAUCCCAUACUGUACUUACCUAUUGGUUGA